AUGACCCAACAGACUGAGCACACCGCGGCGGCGCAGGCGGUGGCGACUGGAGGGACCGCCGCGGCAUCGGCGCACACGCACGCUCUGGAGGCCCCGCAGCCGCGGCUUUUGCAAGUGACCCCGCUGCGGUACACCAAGGGCCGCAAGGACCACAACAACUACAAGUCAUACGAGUACGAGGACGCCCACCUGACUAAGGAGGGCUGGCGGCAGGCGCACGCGCUCGGCGAGCACAUCAGGGCCGCGGGCGUGCGGCCUGACCUGGUGGUUGUGUCGCCGCUGACACGCGCGAUAGAAACCGCCGUCGGCUGCUUUGGCGACCACGCAGCGGCGGCGCCUGCGGCGGCGAACGGCAACGGCAACGGGAACGGCAAUGGCAAUGGCAACGGCGGCAGCGAAGCAGCGGGCCAAGCGGUCGGCGGCCUUUUGAUGGUGGAGCUUUCUGAGACGGCCGGCCGGCGCUCCGCGCACCCCGCGGUGGCGCUGGGGUCGGCGCCGCCGUUCCUGUGUAUGGAGCUGUGCCGCGAGCACCUGGGGGUGCACCCCUGCGACCGGCGUUUCGCGCUCUCCGCCAAGCAGACCAUGUUCCCAGGUGAUUGGGUGUCGACUUCUCAUUGA